CUUGGGAAUUCGGUAAACCAGCUUCAAGUUUCCUUCGUUUCACCUACUUUUGUUGAUAUUAUUCCAGCGAAUUGUGGUGACACAGGUGAAGGGAAGAAAAGGCGUGCCUGUAAGAACUGUACAUGUGGGCUAGCAGAACAGGAAGAGGCCGAGAAAAUGUCACAACCUCGGAGCAAAGGCUGCGGCAAAUGUGCGUUAGGUGAUGCGUUCCGAUGUUCAACAUGCCCCUACCUGGGAAUGCCACCGUUCAAGCCUGGAGAAAAGAUCAAACUGGAUACAGUGGAUGAUUUUUGA